UGAAUUAAUUAGCAACUCUUAUGCCUUGUGGUCGCUUUUUUGGCCAGCAUUAUUCCUGUAUUGUUGUUGCCAGUAACGCGUGUUGAAAGUGAAAUGAAUAUGGACAAUAGCACCGAAACUAAACAAGAAUCGUCUCCUGGUAAACUGGAAAGCUUGGCAAAAGACGCUGAUCUGAAAGCAGAGAUGGAGAAGGCGAAGGAAUGGAUUAAAACUAAUCCAUUACCAGCAGGCAAGUCUGAGAUUCGCUGAUCAUUUAAGUAUAUAAAUAGCAUUUAUAACAGGAAGACUUGUAAUAUCAAUUUACCCACUGCAGUUCGGAAGCCUUUUUCAGCUUUUUGAGAAUCUCUUAUGGGCGUGUCGCUACAAACUACGGACAACCCGUGAAGAACACAUGCUUUUAGUGAAUGAAUCCAUGUUCAGUAUCAAAAAACUACAAAAGCGCUGGAGAAAUUAUUUCAGGAUCGUUCUUGGUUCUCUCACCGUUGUAUCAGCCUAUUUCCUUAAGAUGAAAUAUAUUGGCUAUAAAAUGUAACUGUCAAACUACGAAAUUUUUAUUUCAAUAUCAGGUUUAUACAUGGUUGAAUAAAUCGAAACGGCGAUAAUUUCUGUUUUUAUGAUGGGCGCCAUUUAUUUUCGAACAUAAAAAUAGAUGCAGUUAAAUACCGCCAGCUUUGCUGGCCUAUCAGAAUGAUCAUUUCCCGUAGUUGCUAGGUUGGAGGAAAGCCAGAAAAUAAUGUCAAUAUAUAUCAGGGGAAUAUAUAAUUACACUGUACAUUUUGGGGCGAAUCAAACAAAAAAUAUUUUUCAUGCUGAUUACUGAUUUUUGUUAGGUAUAAAACAAUUUUCUGAGAGAGUAGCACGAGGGAAUAUGGAAUUUUAAGAAGACUAUCUUUUGUUAAAAAGUGAAAAAUAUGUUUGAAGAAGUCCAAAAAGAGUUCUGUGCGUGACAAAUGAAGUCAUGGAUGCAGUCUACUUUUGAUUGGAUGAGGGAAUCGUCAUGUGACAAUUCCCCCUAGAGAGAAUACACGACUCGUUUGCAAUCCCGCCUUGGAAUAACUAAUUUCGUUGGAAAGUUGCAAAAUGUCGACUUCGGAGACGCUAACUACGAGCAAAGAGAAGCUCGACAAUUGGCUGCAUCAAAAGAACUACUUCACUGAUGUCUUGGAGAAGAUCGAGCAGAAAACUGGCGUGAAGAGGAUCUAUCAAUUUCUCGGUAAUAACGGUUUCGUAAUCAACCUGAUCCCGCGUGCGUAGUCUGAAGGGGUUUUCUUUCUUUUCAGGUUUGGUUGGAAUAUUUGCGCUCUAUCUGGUAUUCGGCUACGGGGCAGACCUCAUAGUAACAGUGCUUGGUUUCGCCUAUCCUGCUUACCAAUCGUAAGUAGCUUUAGAGCUGUCCGAUCACUCUGUUAUUUGCAUUCAGCCGCCAUUUGCAUUUAUGGAGCUGUCUACUUGAAAACCAUCUGCCUUCCCGGCAAAAUUGCACGUUUCUUCCUUGUUUAAUCCUUCUGAAGUCCUCUCCAUUGUUUAAAUAAUCAAUUUAGACGUAAGUGAAUUUUCAUGCUGUUUUCGUUUUAGAGUAAAAGCCGUGGAAAGUGUAACAAAAGAAGACGACACUCAAUGGCUAAUUUACUGGGUGGUGUUUGGCGUUUUCAACAUUGUGGAGUUUUUCUCGGACAUUCUUCUCUCGUGGUUCCCUCUUUAUUUCUUAGUUAAGGUAUGAUGAAAUUGAAUGUUUUUAGGCAUAUUCUGUUUAAAUUGAACUGUGUUCGACGUCUCGCCUUUCGUAAAAAAUAUGCUAAACACAAACCUGUCCGCACCGGUUAAAUUUUCAUAUUACGGACUUCGAACUUCGUCGUAAGCCAAUUGAUUUUCCCAAUCCAUAAAAUUUCUUUUUGAUUAAAUACGCUUAUUCAAACUGGCGUUGUAUCCAACUUAUAAAAAUGAAGCACAGUCUCCGAGACAACUUAAAGCUGUUUUUGAGCGUUGAAAUUGACAAAAUAAACGUUUGCGAUGCAAGCUGACCUUAAAUAAUAGGUUUAAAUUCUAUAUUACUUUUCUUUGUAGCUAAUAUUCCUUUGCUGGUGUAUGGCGCCCGUGUCAUGGAAUGGAGCUAACACUCUCUACCAUAAAGUAAUCAAGCCUUUCGUGCUGAAACACCAAUCACAGAUCGAUAAAGCUCUUGAUAAAGUUGGAGAGAAAGUAGACGCAGUCGCCAAAGAAGGUACUAAGCGCACAAAAUGGUUUACUGCAUUGCAAAUUGAAAUGCAUGAUGUAUGCACAGAAAUUAAGCUGUCAUAACAAUUUCUAUAUACGUACAAGUAUAUUUCAUCUGCUCUAGUCAAAAUUAUAUUAAAAAUUCUGGACUUAAAUUUAAUGAGCAACAUUCUGUAUUGAGCUUGAAAAAUUUGUUUGAUGCAAAGCGAGGGUUAUGAAAUGCGUGAAGAAUUAUAUUAUUUUUUGUAAGGGACUGCAAUUUGGACAUUAUUGUCUGAUAAACAUCAAACAGUAUCAUUUGGCGUUGUAACUUUGUUAAAUAAUUAAAAAGCAUAACACUGAGCAGGUGUUGAGGCAGUUCUAGUCGUAAACAUAAUCAGCUGUCAUACAACUUUGAAUCAUCUGCGUUUUUAUAACAUAACCAAGAUAGUAUGCGCAUUCUGAUUGGUUAAAAACCUAUGGCUUAUUGUGCCGGUAAACUCAUGGCAAACUUAAAGUUAUUUUAUAAAAGCAAUAGACCACACUUUCUAUGGGUUUACCAGCAUGAUAACCCACUUGGGAUGUUGGGAGAACACUUGAAAAGCUUGUAAAUUGCUCACCUUCGGCUCAUGAUUUAUAAGCUUUUCUCGUGUUCUCCCAACAUCCUGCGUGGGUUAUGACACCGGUAAACCCAUAGAAAGUGUGUUCUAUUGCUUAAUUAAAUAGGCCAGGUUUUGUAAGUAGUACUCUGGUAAAUCAAAGAAAUGGAAAUACAUUUCUCUGGAUGGUAUAACUGUAAUUAUUGAACUAACUUUAUAAACUGCACCUUAUCUUUUGUGUAGCCACACUCACUUCUUAGUCCCAGUCUCUCUGCUGAAACAUUCAAAUACCCCUUUCCCCGAGCAAGUGUGGUUGAUCAAACAUCCCUCCCAGGGCAUGGAUUUUCCUGCAUCAAGUCCUCAUCUAUUGCCUGUACCCCUCCUCAUGCCGCUGGGGUUUAUCAUGGUAGCCUUUUCUCUUGGCUCUGUAUAGAUGUUGUUAGGAGUAAGCAGUGUUAUUCUUUCUUAGGCUUUAAGGGGUUUAACACUGUUUAUGAAAAGAAGUGUUAAAAAAAUAGCUAUGGUUGGCCAAGCUGAAAAUGGUAAACAGAAAUGUGGGUUUGUUGAUCAUUGGCUAUGUGCCAUUAGUAAAAUCCAACUAGUGGUCUAUUAUCAAUGCUGCAUUCUGAUUGGUUGAGCUACUACUGUUACUGUUACUGUUAUAGCCCACUAGAAGCGAAAAGUGCCAGCUUUGAAAACCAAAACAAUGGUGGCUGAAUCGUGCAUUGCUAGCUAAAGUUGUUUUGUCGCAAUAUUUUUGACCAACUAGUUGGGUUUUACUAAAACAAUAAUUAUUCCUCUUGCCGUCAUGGCCUCUUGAGUCAAUAGCCAAUUUGGCCUUCUGCCUCAUGGGCUAUUGACUCAUAGCCCAUUCGGGCUCGAGGAAUAAUUGUUAAUUAUCAUACUGACUGAAUGUAUUAAUUUUGUUCAUUUGUUUUCUAGCCAAAGAUGCUGCAACUGAGGCUGCAAUAAGGGCUGCUACAGAAUCAGACAAGAAAGAUUCCUAAGAUUCUAGAACAGGUGUAACAAAUAAAUAUAAUCACUACUGACAAAAGAACAUUGUAAGGGAAGGAGCACUUGUUGAAGUAGCUGUUCAAUAAAUUAUACUCAAUUGCAGCAAACACACUGUCUUGAAGAGACUUAGCAGUAGGAAUGUUUGUCUUGUUGUAAUCUUUUUCUUAUGGGUUUUUAGCUUUCUGUGACCAAAUUUCUCCUUGUGUGUCUGAGACCCAUACCAUCUAAGAAAUAAAAAUAAAAGUUGAGUUGAACAGAAUCUGUAUAAGACUUGGCUGGAAUAUUUGAAAACUAAUGGGCACUUCAUUACGAUUGGAAAACCCAGUAGAAUUUUCUGGCAUAUAAUAAAAUAUUUGAAAAUGUAAGUUUGUCACCACUGUCUUUACUGAUGAAAAUUCCAUGAAAAGGAAUAAAACAAGGAUGCGCUUCUUGAACAUGCAAUAAAUAACUUGUCUGGUGCACUGAAAGAUGAUGAAUACAAAAUGUUUUGUUAGAAUCAUAUGCUUGAAAUGCCCUUUAAACUAAACAAAGUUUCCAUCAAGAUAAAUUCAAGAAGUGUUAGAUGGUGGGGGUCUCCAGAACUGUUGAACAUUGUUGAAAGUGACUAGAAAUGCAUAACGUGCAUCUGAACCUUAGUAAUAAAUUUUCUAUAAAUUUAUAAAUUUUCUAUAAAGUACCACCUGAGAUGUUACUGUUAAACAAAUUUAAAUUCUUUCUAAGCUGUUUCAUGCACUACAGGACUACAGUGUUGUUUGGGGGUCAUCCAUAUAUAAAUUAUGAAAACUUUCCAUCACCUAGAAAACCUUAUAAUUUUUUUUCUAUGGCAACUUUCUCUUAAAUUAGUUUUGUUGGCUGUUCAGAUAGUUGAAAAACGGUAAAUCUUCAGUUUGUACAGAAGUGAUUCAAAUAUGUUUGAUGCAAUGCAAUAUUGACAUACCACAAAUAUAGUUACAGCAUACCUGGGUACUUUGUUUGUGACUCAAAAUGAAAGAGAGAAAUGGGUUCUCUCUGUAGUUUGCCAUGAGUCAUAACCAUGAUAAACCACAAGAGUGACACACAAGAAAAUAGACAAAAUUCUAACCCAACAUUUGAAAAAAUUAGGGGUAAGGUUUUGUUUUGGGUGAUGUUGAGUAAACAUCAUUUUGUUUGAAGCUUGGGAGAUUUGAAAAUAAAGCGAUGGAUGUAUAUUAAAUAUCACUGUUUGCACUAUUUUUAUAACCACAAGCAACCUUUGCUUGUCGUUUUUAGUGUGAAUAAAAAAUGGAUUCCUUCUGGGGUACACUUUGAGUUCUGAUUUAAAAGUAAUGUAUGCAAGAUUUUGGGAAUGUGUUCUUAAUAGAAAACUAAUAUUCUUGCUUUCUGGGGGACCAAAGGACUUGCCGUGUAUACUCUAGCUGUCACCAU